AUGGGUUUCGCUGAGAAUUCUAAAGAGAGAGACAUGAUCAAGGUAUUAUGCCUUCAUGGGAUCGGAACUAAUGCUGAGGUUUUGGAAGCACAAACAGCUGCUCUAAGGUAUGAAUUAGGCGAUGACUAUGAAUAUGAUUUUCUGGAGGGGGCCUAUCCAUGGCCUGUAGUUCCUGAGAUUAGCAGAAUAUUUGGAGACCAUCAAAUAUAUCGUUCUUACUUUGACGAAUCAGGAGACAGCCUCAAGGAUGCCCUUGACGAUCUCGAUCAAUACGUAACUAGCAACGGCCCGUUUCAUGUUGUGAUGGGAUUCUCCCUUGGGGCCGCAUUCGCUGCAACGCUUCUCCUCCGGGAUGAGAUGCGACGAUCCAAAUCCGAACCUAAUCACUACCACACCCUUGCCAAAGCGGAGCCUCGGUUCAAAUGUGCAAUUUUCAUAUGCGGCACUCUCCCACUCGAUUUAAAUGCACUUGAACACGGGGACAUCCAAGCGUUACGAGCUAAGGAUGUUCACUCGGUAAUCACUGUUCCUACCGUACAUUUAUGGAGCACAGAGGACGUGAUUCACGCAGAGCAGAGCAAAGAACUGGUCCAGAUGUGCGAAGAGAGAAGUCGGGUUGAAAUCUUACAUGCAGGAGGACACAGUGUGCCACACCAGGGUGAUGAGUUGAAGGCCGUUGCAGCUAUCGUUCACGAAAUCGUCAAUAGAAAUGCCUAA